GCUCUGUGCCCCAAAACCCUAGGUACUCGGUGCUUGCCGAGACAGAGUGCGCCGAGCUUGGUUGGCUGGGAAGUGGGCACGUGCUUUCUCUUCAGGGAGGUCAAGCUCUCCAAACGCCUCUCCACAGCUGCCAUUGCGAUCGAAGUGUUACGCUGUGCUCAGAUCAGAGCGUUUGCAGCAGUGGAGACUCCCGACAUUGUCCUGGCCACCGAGGUGUUAGAGCCCUACGUGCUCACCUGGCAGCUGGGGGAAACUACAGAUGGAGAGGGAGAAUGUUCAGUUUUGGCAAUUAUGAGGCGAACAGAUGGCUAUCUUCUCGCCAUGCCACCAGGCUUCCUCCCAAACGAGGUGAUCGAGGCAGGAAACAGUGCAGCCUUGACAGACAUGUUUGGGCCAUCUGCGCGAAUCGUGGUGCCGUCAGUGAUUGUGGAGUACGGCCAGCUUAUGCCCACAGGGUCAGACAUAGAGGUGCUGGUUGUCGACUGCAGGGCUCAGAUCGCUCAUCACUUAAGGCGAUUUGGACCUACCGAGGAGAUCGUGUAUGGUUUCGACGAGGAUUCUCCAUUUGCCCUGCCGGCUCUGGACGCUCUGAUCCCUCUUGUCCGGAGUUGGCUGGUAGGAGAUCGAGCAGAGCUUUCGGCCUUCUACACACCGGAGGAGCACGAGGACCCUCCGGACACGCCACCAUCAAGAAGUGCCACUCAGCGUGGGCCAGGGCGAAAGCCUACCGCUUCCGCCGGGCUGCCAAAAGCCAAGCGCCCAACUGCAGCUUCACUGGCGGUGGAGAUGAAACAGCUGGUGGACUACCUGCCAAAGAUCUCAGAGCAGCUGGCCACUCUUUCUCACCGGCAGGAUAUGGUAGAGAACAGACUGGCUCACCCUAUGUCAUCAGCAUCUUUGAUUUCAUCCAGACCUCUGGGAGCAGCUCUCUCUUCGACGCAGGAGCCACCUUUGGGUCAACUGGCAAAGGCUAUGGGGGGCCCUCCACGAACCACUUCAGCUCCGAGCCUUGGUUUGUUGGGUUCCCUUACGGAGGCAAAGCCUGCGGAGGUUCAGGGCCUAGAAUCCGAGAAGCUGGGAGAUGCAGCGCAGUUGAGCCAGAAAGGAGACGUCUCUCUGGCGUUAGCGGUGCUGGAGCAAUCAAAGGCUUUAACAGCCUUGGUGUCACAGAUUGCGGCGGCUCAGAACGACCCUAUGGCAGAUCUCUCUGCUGGCAGCUCAGCCAGCACACCGGGGGCGGCAGGGCGUGCUCGCCUUCAGGCGGAACUGGCUCAGCAAAAGGGAUCAUUUUUCCAAUCGGUUCUUUUGCAGAUGGCCCGGAGGAUGUCCCCAACAACUUCAGUGGAUGUCUCUCCCCAAGUUCUUUUGGACAGAGGUGUUUCUGGCACGAGAUAUUUAGAACGCUUUGGAGGCUACUCCAGACAGCGAGAGCUUGGCCAGCUGCAAUAUCAAGUGAUGACAGUCUUCGACUACUUGUUGCAGGAAAACAUCCCAGCUGCCAAGGACGCAGUUGCCUUGUUGGCGGUGACCAUCGAGCAGGCUGCAUUGGACAAUGGCCGCAUGGACUUGGCCACCUUGCUGUGUCUUCAGGAGGACCCCCCGUCAGGGAUCUUCCUGAAUCGUCAGAUAGCCAGCACCAGCAGGGCCAGGAGCUUCGCGCCUCUUGCCGAUCAAAAAUGGAUCACUUGUGCACUGGCUUUCCUGAAAGAGUUGGAGGUGAUCACAGCGAAGAGGGCAGAAUUGACUGCUCCGCCAAAGGGCACUUCCCCAGCUUCAUCAGAGGCGCCAAAGCCGAAGCCGAAAUCAAAGAAGGCCGGAAGAGGAAAAGGGCGAGCCGAGCCAGAGGAUCCAGAGACUUAG